AUAAGUCAGUAGUGAAACCAAGUGUAAAUAAAUGACUCAUGAUUGCCCCUUGGCUGGUUAUGCAUUUCAGGAUUUACGCAAUCCCAGUCAUCUCUAUAAAUUUUGUUUCUUAAUUAAUUACCUAUUCUAAGCGGCAACUGCUUUAUUGCUAUGGAAGCAGUGGCCAAGCAUGAUUUUAAUGCAACAGCGGAAGAUGAACUUAGUUUUAGGAAAGGCCAAGUUUUGAAGAUCUUAAACAUAGAAGAUUCAGACUGGUACAGAGCUGAGCUUGAUGGCAAAGAAGGAUUUAUUCCAAGCAACUACAUAGAAAUGAAAAAUCAUGAUUGGUAUUAUGGUAGAAUAUCACGAGCUGAUGCUGAAAAAUUGCUUUCAACAAAACAUGAAGGUGCAUUCCUUAUUCGAGUAAGUGAAAGCUCACCUGGAGACUUCUCUCUGUCUGUAAAAUGUAGUAAUGCAAUUCAACAUUUUAAAGUUCUUAGAGAUACACAAGGGAAAUUUUUCCUAUGGGUUAAAAAGUUCAACUCAUUAAAUGAACUGAUUGAUUAUCAUCGAACUGCAUCAGUGAGCAGAUCUGAGGAUGUGAAGCUGAAGGAUAUUCAGAAGGAAGAAUUUCUUGUCCAAGCCAUGUAUGAUUUUAAACCACAGGAGAAUGGAGAAUUGGAACUUCGACGAGGAGACAUCAUCACUGUUCUUAAUCGCUCUGACAAAAAUUGGUGGAAGGGUAAAAUUGGUACAAGGAAAGGUAUCUUUCCUGCCACAUAUGUUGUUCCUUAUAAUAGGUGAAGAUAAAUUAUAUUCAAUUUCACGUGCUUUUAAGCAUCUCAUAGUAUUAUCUACAAAUGCACAUUCUGACAUUUGUAGCAGCUAAAAUGACAUCUGUUGCCACAAAAAAAAAAUAUGCUGUGCUAUUUCAGAGCACAAAAUUAACAGGCAGUUGAUGAAGGAAGUAUUGAACUCUUUUUUCAUUUCAAAAACCAAGUUUGUACAUACAGAAUGUGCCAUUUUUUUCCCCCCACAUUUUGGACAGUUAAAACCUGGGUUUACUCUGGGUUCUUGAUAUUCAUAAGUUUGAUUUGUCAUUCGGAAUGAUAGAUCAAUGUCAAUUUAUUAAAUAAUGUUCAUUAUAAAAGCCAUAUAACAGAAAAAAAUCAGAUUAAUUAUAAGAAUUUGAAGUAAAUCUAUAACUCUAUUUUUUCAGAUAGAGUGAUACUGAAUAUUCUAGAAUAUAGCAUAUAUAGUAUAAUUCCUCAUGUUUGCACUUUUAUAAUUAUACUAUUUUUCAAUAUGGAGAAUUGCUUUAUAAAUAUAUGAAUUAAGGCUGUAAAAACUUUAUUUUUAAAAAUUCAGGGUGUAGGAUCUAUUUUGAGUGAUAACAUUUUAUUUUGAAACAUUUGUAAUAUAAAAGCAUUUGUGCAUUAGUUAGAUGUAUCAAGAAAAUAUGAAUUUUAAAAAAAGAUACUGGAAUACUUCUGUUGGAUUAGAUAUAAGAAAUUAUCAAAACAAUUUUCUUUUUUAAAAAAUGAAUUAUUCAAGUACCAACAAACUUUAUGGCUGUUCUGGAUAUAUGAGCUUUCAUAGCAUUUCCAUGAUUCUUGAUUGAAAGACUUUUAUUAUCGUUAUUGUUGUUCAGAAUGCUAUUGUGUCAUUCCUUUUACUUGCACUAGAUAAAUGAUAUUUUGUAUUGACAAAGUAGAUUUUAUAGUAUCUAAUUUAGUAAUACGAGUGCCUGAUUAUAUAUUCACUCAUAUAUAAUGUAUGAUAGCUCACAUAGAGAAUAUAAUCUUUAAAAAAAGUAUAUGAAGUUAGUUCACGUUGCAUGUUUCCUUUGCACUAUACUGUGAUGUAGCAAAUGCAAGAUUUGUUAAAUUCCAUGGCAUGCAAAUAUGAAUUAAAACCAUUAUUUUGCACGUGUUCAUAACUAACUGAUUAAUUAAAAAAAUAUAUGAACAAAUCAUAUGAACAAUUUUUCAUUAUUUUCUUAAUUCAUUUGCAUUAUUAUGAACAUUAUAUGUUUUAAGACAUCUAAUUUCAAUCGACUUUCAAGUCGAUAAUGAUGAGAUUUUAUCUAUUUUUCAUGACAAUUAUCAAUCGUUUAAUGCAAUUUCCAUUCCAUAUACUGUUGGUGCUGCCACCUUGUUGUGAAAUGAUGGUGGUUGUGAAAGUGGGAACUUAUAUUGCUAAAUAAUUUAUUGGAUGUUGGCUUGCAAUCAAAAUGACAGCUAUAUAAAAUGUAUAAAAAAAAGUUGACCAAUUUAUAUAAUAAUAGUUUGAAUUGUAUAUAUUUAUUUUUGGUAUUCUGUCUUUCAUAUUUGUUAAACACAAUAAGGUAUUAAAUAUUUGUAAACCACUAUUCUUUAAGCAUUCCAUAUGGAUUAUAUAUUAAUAUAUCAAAAAUCCUUUCAGAUGUGAUAUAUUUUAUGUAUAUAAUGUUUAAAAUUGUUUAUCUUGAGUUUAUAUUUUAUUGUAAAUAAAAUCUUCCAUUUGAUACUGAUGUCUAAUACCUACCAGAUGUUUAUAUUUUUUAAUGCUUUCAAUUCCAAAUUUUAUUUUCAGCCAGUUUUAAAAUAUUUUUAUAAACGAGUUUGUAAUUGUUAAAAUUUCUUUUGUUGUGAAGAGUAAAAAUCAAUUUUAAGUGAUUUACAAACAAUAUUGAAGCUUAUAUAUAUAUGUAUAAAAAAUACAUUGUCAGCAAAUGUCAUGUUUUGAUAAAAAGUUUUUACUAGCAUAGCUGUACCAAUCUAUACAGAUAUUGAAGUUAUUUGUGCUGAAAUCAAUAAACUUGUUAUCAAUUA